UAUAUAAUCCCCAAUUUCGUCUCCCAGCAUAUAAAGCCUCCCGAUUUCGAACCCCCCCAUCGCAUCCCCUCCCCCCACUCCUCUCCCCCGAUCCGAACCCUCUCCUCGCCGCGCUCCGCCCCGCAGCGCCCCGGAUCUCGCCGCCAGGACCGCCGUCGACCCGCAGCCGCCGCAGGCAAGGCGAUAUGGCCACCUUCGAGCUGUACAGGCGGUCCACCAUCGGCAUGUGCCUCACCGAGACGCUCGACGAGAUGGUCUCCAGCGGCACCCUCAGCCCCGAGCUCGCCAUCCAAGUGCUAGUCCAGUUCGAUAAGUCUAUGACGGAGGCACUGGAAAACCAAGUGAAGAGCAAGGUUACUGUCAAGGGCCAUCUGCACACCUACAGGUUCUGCGACAACGUGUGGACAUUCAUAUUAACCGACGCGCAGUUCAAGAACGAGGAGACGACCGAGCAGGUGGGCAAGGUGAAGAUCGUGGCCUGCGACUCCAAGCUGCUCAGCCAAUAAGCAGCUCUCGCGCGAGCUGCCAACUCCCGGAGGCGGGGGUGGGCUCGUUCGAUCGAUCGAUCCCCGCCUCCGCUAGAGAAGAACACCACCACCAUCACCACCGCCACAUCCCCCCCUCCUCAUAAUCCAUGGGUACCUGUAGAAGAAGGAUCUCAUGCGAUGCGAUCCUAGAGCAGAGCGUGGCGUCGCGUCGCAUCGCGGCCACAGAACUUUCCUCCGGUCCGUGCCGUGUACUGUUGUUUCCGGAACUUUUGGUAUAACUGGCGACUGGAAUGAGCAAGUAGCAAACAAAAACUUUGCUUGGAAAAUCCGUGUGACAUUUAGUACAUCUUGUGUGAUGUGAUGCCGGUGUUUUUCGCCGAA